CUCCCGGCCCCGGGCAUGGGCAGCCGCCGCAGCCGGAGGAGGAGCCGCCGGCCCGGGCCCUGUGCGGGGCAUCAAGGUGCAAGGCCUGACAAUGGCACCGAAUGAGCACAGCCUUCAAGCUUCCUUCCUGUAAAUGACAGGACCAAACAAGGCGGUGUGAUGAACAUGCCACUGCAUCAAAUCUCUGUCAUUCCAGCUCAGGAUGUUACCUCUUCCAGAGUCUCCAGGAGCAAGACCAAAGAAAAAGAGGAACAGAAUGAGAAGGCUUUGGGGCAUUCUGUGAGCCGCUCUAGUAACAUCUCAAAGGCUGGAAGUCCAACCUCUGUGUCUGCCCCUCAUAGCUUCUCUCGGACUUCUGUUACACCAUCCAACCAGGACAUCUGCAGUUCCAGUGCAGUGUUUUCUGAGUGUUGUCAUCACAGUCCAGUGCAGUCUGCUGUUGUCUUGAAAAAUCCUCACUGCCAGAGCCCUCUGACACAAGGGGUCACUGUGACAGUAAUCUGUCAGGACACGUUACAUGCAGCAAAGAGAAACUCCCGUGGGCAGGAUCGGGGCCAGGCACUCAGGUCUGCUAAGAAUGUAAAGCCCACCCGCACUCUGAAAUUCUCGAAGUCCCUCAAUGACGUGGACCAGAAGGCGCAGAGCACCACUGAGUGCUUUGACUAUGUGGAGCGAACACGCUCGGAAGGCAAAUUGACCCCGACUCAAGAGCAGUGUUUAAGGAUUAACAAAUUUCAUCUUAAAGGGAGGAAACCGCUGAAUCUCAGGCCUCUUUCUUUUAGCAAUUCUAAGCACUCCUAUAAGCCUUCCCUUUCCAACUACUCGAGUGCAUCGGGAGGAGCAGAGAACCACAGCGCUGUGCAUAUCCCCUUGCUGGAGGACAAAGUGGACCAUGAUACCUCAAGGAGCAAAAAACUGUUGCGUUACCUUUUUUCCUUCUCCCACACCUCCAGCACCAGCAGCCUGCAUAAGUUCCACGAACUGGAGAGCUAUUCCAGUCACUUCCAAGCUGAGAAAUCCUCCAGCAUGCUGGUGGAAAGCACGGACUUCUGCUCUGAUGAUAUGGGAGACGAUGAUGUCUUUGAGGACAGCACCUCAGUGAAACUGAAAACAAAAGAGCAGCGGGCGCCCCUCUGUUCAGUUGAGAAGGACAGUGACCUUGACUGCCCUUCCCCCCUCUCAGAAAAAUUCCCCCCUCUCUCCCCUGUGUCCACAUCGGGGGAUACCUGCAGGAUAUGUCACUGUGAAGGAGAUGAUGAGAGCCCUUUGAUUACCCCCUGUCACUGCACAGGAAGUCUUCAUUUUGUGCACCAAGCCUGCCUGCAGCAAUGGAUCAAGAGCUCAGAUACACGAUGCUGUGAACUGUGCAAGUAUGAGUUCAUCAUGGAGACAAAACUGAAGCCUUUGCGAAAGUGGGAGAAGCUGCAGAUGACGGCCAGCGAGAGGAGGAAGAUCAUGUGCUCUGUAACAUUCCAUAUCAUUGCCAUCACCUGCGUUGUGUGGUCUCUCUACGUCCUGAUAGACAGGACUGCUGAAGAGAUUAAACAGGGACAGACUACUGGGAUUCUAGAGUGGCCAUUUUGGACUAAGCUGGUGGUUGUGGCUAUUGGUUUCACUGGAGGACUUCUGUUCAUGUAUGUACAAUGCAAAGUGUACGUACAGCUGUGGAAGAGACUUAAAGCUUAUAACCGAGUAAUAUAUGUACAAAACUGUCCGGAAACUAGCAAAAAGAAUAUUUUUGAAAAACCUGCACUGAUGGAGCCAAACUUCGAAAGUAAAGAAAUGCUUGGGGUUCACCAUUCAGACACAAACUCUUCACAUUACACAGAGCCAGAAGACUGUGCUGCAGAAAUCCUUCAUGUCUGAUUGUUGGGUGGGAGGGGUGUUUCUGUAUGUCCUUGAAGAUUUAAAAUAUCAUUGUUUACUGCAAACUGCUCUACCUUUUUGAAAUCGGCUAACAGCUGAGGGCUGGCGGAUGAAUUUUUUUACAUUUGUUUUUUGGUGGAAUUUUUUUAAAUCCCUUUGGCAUAUCUGUCAAUGUCAUCAUGGUUGCAUACCUCUCAAGGUUUUGUCUCUCGUACUGGCUGAUCAAAGAGCCACAGGAUACUGGGUAGAACGAGCCUUGGAUUUGGUAUCAAGCAAGCCGCUAGUAAACUGUCAUCAACUUCGUGGAGUCUGUUACUUUAGAAGAUGACUCUAAAUGAUUCUGGAAUAUGUGUAGAGGGGGGUUGGUUGGUUGGUUUGUUCUUUAAGCGUGAUGAAGGAGGUUGUCCCAAACAUUGAGGGAAAUGAGAGAGCUAGAGUCUAAUUUACCACUAACACUGCCACUAACAUUUUGUCUUAGGCAGCAGGUGUAAAAUUUUGCUUUACAUAUCGUGAUGAGACUUACAAAGCAUAUAGCACUUUUAAAAAUCUUUAUUUUGUAAUAUGUAUGUCAAAUGAGAAUGAAACUUGAAAGAAUGUGUCAUUUUCAAAACAUUUCUUCAUUCUUUAACCCAUCUAUUCUUCUGGAACAUAAACCUCUUGCCUUAUAUAAAAAAAAAAAAAAAUUAAAAAAAAUUCCAACCUGUGAUUUCCAACACAUGCCCAUAUUAUCUUACUGAACAUAACACUAAAAAACUCUGCCUCUUUGGGUUUCCUUUGAGGAGCAAUUUUUUUCAAAGGAUAUUGCACUUGUGACUUGUGUAUGGGAAGUAGUGGAUGUGUACAGUGUUUGUUUUCAAUGCGUAAUGGUUUCAGUGCUCUGUUUUGGGGAUUGUUUUUGCUUUUUUUUUUCAACAGGUCAGACCAUCAACACACCUGCACAUAUAUACUUGAUGUAACUUUCAUUCCAAACCGUUGGCAAAGGGUUUGUUGCUAUAUUGGUAAAAAUGUGAGCUGUUAUGGAAAAAAAGAUACUUAGUCAAUACAGCUGAAAUUGGUUUUCCUUCUUUAGUGCUGUGUCAUGUGUGAAUUACCCAAGAAUUUGACGUUGUCAGAGGAGAUGCUGAGAUCGAAGUCUAGGAAGUAAAUAUUGCAUUAAGUGGACAAGUUUAAAAGUACCUGUCUGGUUUUAGUCCUGAUGUGAUGCAUUACAUGGUCAGAGAAUAGUUUUGUCUGUGCUUUUGAAUUUGGGACUGGCUUUUUAAUCAGUCAGCCUUAAUGAAAAGAGAGGGACAGCUUUAAAAUCUGUUUGCAGGGCUUUAGACAGAGUUGCUCAAAGCCUUGGGUGUCUGCUGUUAAUUUGCUUGACCAAUCUGCUUCACUGCACCACUGUCCAGCUUCAAGCCCUCAUUUAACCAAAGUCUCAGUGUGACUGGAGCAGAAAUGAAGCCCCAUGAAAAGUCAGUACACGAGGUCUCUGCAUUUGAAAGCUGACUUUCCCUACCGGAGCCCUAUCUAAAUCUCUGUAAAGUAAAUGAUAAUCUUCUGGUUGGUCUUAGUAGGAGUUGCCUGGACUUCUCAGUUAGGUAAAAGCUUCUGUUUACUUGUUAAGAUACUGAACUAAAUCCCCAGCUCUGGUUCAGGUUUUAUUUAGUCUUUUUCAAGUACAACUUUCAAUCGGCAAGUGCUUUUCAUAAUAAAAGUAGUUGCUUUAAGACUUUCCAAAGAAUAACAGUAAGAUUGGUGAUUUUUUUCCUUAAAAAGUAAUAUUAAUUUAUUUCUAAAUUAGUAUUUUAAAAGAAGGCAGAGAAGGGACUAUGGUAAGAGAACGCACACCAGUGGUUUCUAAGAGCUGUUAGAGGAAAAGCGUGUGUGUGCGUGCAUGCCUCUGCGCGAUCUCAUGCUUGAAGCGUACUGGCUGUGAUCUUCAUGAACAGCAUUAUAUCUUGUUCUUGAGAUGUUUUAAAAUACUCAGACCUCUCGGCAGUCCUAGCAAAGCUGCACUGGCAUGGGUUUGUGUACUGUGCUAGGUGUCAGGAUGUCCCAUGCUUAUGUAAUACAGGCCGAGAAACUCUGCAAUACCCUGCCAGUAGCGGGGCAGCAGUCUUCAUGACCAUAUGCAUGUAAAGUUUGUUGUCUAUGCCUGCCAUAAUUUAAAGUGCAAUUACUCGGGCCCUUUCCUGAACUCUACUGUGGGUGAUCCUCUUCUAUUACGAGAACCCAGAUAAUACACUGUCUUGUUUUGUUUUCUAUUUUGUUCUGUGAAAAGAUUUACUGGAUAAACUCAGGUGGGUUAAAUAUCAGGUCUUGCACACCUUCAUCAUGUUCUUCUGAAAUGCCCAAGUGCACAAGGCUUACGUGUCUGCGAGAUGCUCACGUUACAGCUGCAAGAUGCACAGAAUCAGCUGCCAACUGAUGCUGUGCACGUUCUCAUCUGACCUGUGGCCAGUAGGUGAAAUGAAAAUGGACAAGGUCUGGUAGGAAACCUGCUUGUUCUCCAGCUCACACCUGAGAGGCACUGGUGUCUGACCGAUGUUCUGACAAGUGCCGAUAUGGCAUACUGUAACAUGCUGGUCCUGUUUCAACGGCUGUCAUACGUGAUUCUUGGUGAAACGUUGUGAAAUCUCAUUUGGUGUUUUGGAAGCUCCAUGUGGCGCAUGCCAGGUAGUGUUCAGUGCAUUCAGGAUACUGAAGGUUUUUGCUGUGCCCCUGUGUAUCUUAACUUGGGAAGAAAAAUCAUCGCCAGCAAAAUCAUCUGGGGAAAAAUAUUUGCGGCCGAAACUGUUUUAGCUAACUAUUGCUGCUAGCCAUUCCCUCUCCCAGCAGGUCUUUUCAGAAUGAAAAUUAAGGCCUAAUAUUUAAUACACUGCUUAGGAGUGCUCAUACCAGGAAGGGCUGCAGAAGAGAUCCAUCUGUCAGGGGGUUUCAUUUAUGCUGGUCACAGUUCUCAUGCUGAUUCUUGCUUGGUGUUAACAGUGGGCUUCUGGAGCUGCAGUUCUCUGCUUCUGCAUGGUGCCAUCAAAUGGUGUGAGAAGGCUGAAUGGUGCUUUUUCCUUCUUUCUCCUCAAGGAGAUACUGUUGACUUGUUUUCAGCUUCCAGCUGCGAGGCACUGAUGCUAGCUCAGGUGAGAUCUGUCCUUCCGCCCAGAUGUCAGUAAGGGGAACGACCACCCCCUGUCAGGUCAGGCUUUCCAACACUUCCUUCUGGCAGCUUUUGAAAUGACUGAAAUAGAAGUCUGACUUUUUUUGGUCCUUGUUCCUUGGUCAAAGUUAGUUCAAGUUACUUGGGACUUCCUGAGACCAGAAGUUAAGUAGGAGGGAAUAUAGGCUUAAUACCAUCUACCAUGAUCCCUUCCCUAGAUUGCCAGAGCCUUUGCUGAUAUGUCCCAUGCCCAAGACAUCUGACCAGACUCCCAUUCUAUUGACUUAAAUCCUGUCUGAAAAAGUGCCGGCUAUGCCAAGGAAAUUUCCCCGCUGUGUCAUAGUUGGUGUAUCUGCCAGGUCAUGAACAUGCGUUAUGUUAGAAAUACAGGUGUGCGCUGCCCAAGGUUGAGCCCAUUUAAGAGAUCAUGAGACGUUAAAUUCCUAUGAAUUCUCAGGACUUUCUUCAACUGCAGCCCUGUAUUUUGGGAGUGGGGGUGGUGUUUAAAAUGUUGCCCUGUGUUCUGAAGAGAUGGCCAGACCUGAGGACAGCUUCCUCUGGUUGAAUGUCAUUGAGAUUGGCUUUGCUUCAGCAGGAGGGAUUCAGCGAAGGUUACGCUGAGCCUGCAAGGGGUUAGAGAAGUGCUGGGCCUCUGUGCUGUACCUGGGAAACCCUAGGAAGCAAUAGUAACUCCCUGUCCAAGCCCACUUCUGCCAGUCCCCUUUACUGAUCAGAGCAUCAGUCCCACUUGUGGCGGUGCAGUAAGGAAGGGGUCUGCUUGAUGUGCCGUUCUUCAGAAACCUUUGAAGUGAUGCCUGGAUAUGGCCACGCAUGGGAGCUGGUUGCUUCUGCCCUGUGUUUGGCUGGGUAAGUAUCUAUUACAAAGUGGGACCUGGGUCCAAAUUUCUCCUAAAGCUGAAGUGUGUUAAGAUACAGAUUUCUGGGGUAGUCUGCUGUGGAGAUUGUGGCCAGCAAUGAAAGGGAGGUCGAUGACUCUGGGUGGGGUCCCUCUCAAUAUGGGUGAAACAGGGCAAAUACAAAAGCAAGGAUGUUGCUGGCUGGAUUUUCACAGCGUUUUAUUAGAUAUGCAAAGAAAACUUCUAAGCGGGACCUUUUAUUUUGUGAUUAUUUUUUAGUUUUGAGAUAUUGCGGUGUCUGUGUAUUCCAAUGAAGUACUGAAAGCACUUGUCUUUGUAUAGAAGAUAACUGUUUAAAAAUUGCAGCCGAUCUUGUAUUUAGGUAAAACAUUUGUAGAUAGGUAAUUGUAUAACGUUAAACAACUUUACACUGGCAUGUGUUGUAUAGUUUAUACAAGACACUUCACACUUCUGCAGAAUUUUUUAGUUAGUAAAUUUCUAGUAACUUAAAUGUAUAGUUUUGUAUCCUUUCAUGUAUGUUUUUUUUCUCAGUAUUACCACUUGCAGAAUUAUUUUUAGUUUCUUAAACUGUAAUUGAUUAUUUGUGUGUGAUACACAGGGUUAUUGACUGCAGCAAUAAAGUGUUUCUAUAAAAAAAAC